CAAUUUGAUACUGAGGCAUUUCAAGUUUGUUUUCGCAUGUCGCCUAGGCAGGAGCGGAUCGCUGGUGUAAUAUCUUUUGCUUCCCAACUGGCUUCAACUGUUGGACUAAGUGCACCGAAAAAUAUAUCUGACGUCAACAUAGAGUUUUUCGAAUCGAUACUAGAGAAGAUUAGUGACUUCAAAAACGAUGGCAAGGGUGUUUCACUAUGUUUUUAAUGACUUGUAGCUACUUUAGAUCAUAAACCUCGAUGGGGUUACCUGCUGCAGUCAUUAUCUAGAUUGAUAGGCAGUUCGCUUGGUUAUAUAUCCAUAAGACAGUUACGCAUAUUCGAUCCCAAUGUUUUAUAUAGUCUUCUUGAACUAAUUGAUCUAUUGGCACAAAAUACUGUUGUUCAGAAAGACUUUAGAAUGGCAGAAGAAAUCCAUAACAAAAGGCUGUAAGUCUAGUUCAUCAUAAAGGCUCACAUAUACAAAUUUAAGGUCAUUAUCGUGUUGUAAAGAUCCAAAGCCUAAUCUCCUUGUUUUGGGGGAAAGUUUGUCCGUUCUGGGUAUAAUUCGGUGAAACCGCAAUAGAAAUAUUGGGGAAAGCCCAAUAUUCCCCCAGAAUUUUAUAACACUUUGGAGUUUUUCCACAUCAAACUUGGGGGAUACUUCAACAUUUACCCAAAGUUUCCUAAAAAUGUGGAGAUUGGGAAUUUAUCAGAUGUAACAACCAAACAUCCAAGUCUGGUCUGUCGUCAAAAACGUUUUACUGGUAUUUAAGACUAGAUAUCAUCAAAAUAAGUUCUGUCUGCUACUCACUCAGUAGAAAAUUCAGAGAGAACAUGCUAACACACCUCCUUAUUUGAGGUAGUAUGUUUCAUUACACGACGUGGAAGUUUACAUACUUUAAUUUCUCUUUACGUGACGGGUUCGGAAAACUAAAUCAGUACAUAAAAUCUGGAAAUAAUUCAGUCUAAUACAGAUGAAUUUUAUCUCGAAAUUGUUUCAAUCGAAUUUUAUGUAUGGUGUGUCAGGAGAUCGUGAUAGUAAACGUUUUAACCCAGCUUUGCAGUGAAAUCCAGAUGAAUUGUAUGGAAACGUGUCAUGUAAACUUGAAAAACUUCGUAACUUAUACUCUCAUCAAAAGUCCUCGCCGAUUCUACUUCAGGAAUCACAAAACAACUUUGAAUCACGAUCACACGAUAACAUGGAGUCUAAAUUACAAAAUAUGGAUAGAACUACAGAAGGUAGUAGCGCUAGGUUGGCUUAUCUUCAAGAAAAACUUAAGACAUGUUUAUCUAGUAUCCCGCUUGACGAAAAUAGUUCAGAAAGUGAUGGUGUGUCUGUACUAACUCGGUCAAACUCAUUUCGUACUCAACAGUUAAAACGUGCUUCUUCUGACAAUUGUAACUGCAGCUGCAAAAGUGUACUUAAAUUACAUGCCAAACCUUUAGUGGAUACAUUGCAUAUUUAUGCCGAUAAGCAUUCAACUGUACCAUACCUUGUCAGUCCUACUAAAGAAAAUGAAGACCUGUCCAAUCAAUCGUUUUAUAAAUUAUUAAGUGGAUUUCCUAAAAUAGAUUUGGAUGAACAUGAGGAGCGGAUUUUGCGCAAAAAGGCAUUAAGCGUAAUGAGACAGCUUUCAAGCAAUCCCUCUUCUGGUCUAUCUCCCAUACAUGUUCCUGAAUCUCAUUCACAAAAUAUUGAGGAAAGACAGAGACGUCGUCUUGCACAGUUAGUUCAUUAUGAUCGUCAAAUUGAAAACCUCAGAAAACAAAGAGCAAGCGAAACCGUCGAGAGGCGUAUCCGGGGAGAAGCGAGAGAGAGAAAAUUCCAAUUAAUUAGAGCUCGGAAAUAUUUCGACGAAUUUGUCCGUGAAUUCCGUCUGAAAAAAAUUGCCAAGGUUAAUACUGAUGAAAAGAUAUUUCGACAGUUUUUUCAGCAACUGAUUCAAAAGCAAAAAGAAUAUUUUCUCGAAGUAAAAAAACUAGAACGUGAAGAAAAUCUCCAGAAAGAAGAACAAAAAAGGAAAAUCAUGGAAUCGUUAGAACAUGAACAUCGUAUUCGCUUAGAAAUAAUGAACGAAAAGAUAAAUAAAGAAAGAGAAGAACAAUCGAUUCGUAUGCGUGAAGAACAAAAAGUUCUCAGAGAAAAUAAACGGAAAUUACGCCAACAACUGGAAAUGAAUCUACGCGAAAUGCAGGAAGCAUUUUUAAACAAUCGAGACAGUGUUCAUUUUAGGGAGCAAGAUGCUAAAAUGUUAUUAGCAUCAAAUAACAAUUUUUUAUGUGACAUUAAACGAACCAUGUAA